UCGAAAUUUGGUGUCAAAAGUCAAUUCAGAAAGAAAGUGAAGUAGGUAGAAAUAAAAAGAACAGUUUUGAUUUUUUAGCACCAACUCCAAUAUACUUAGAGGCCAAGAUGGUUAUGGACCAUUCUACUCAUUGCCCUGGGCUUUACUGUGGUCGUAUUCGUAUAAAUGAAAGUUGGGGUGAAUGUGGAGCAUGUCCUCGAGGAUUUCGAGCUGCCGCGAAUUCAAUUUGUCUACCUUGCAAAGAUUUUCCUACAUUUUAUGACUGGUUUUACCUCGGUUUUAUGGCUCUGCUGUUGCUUGUUUUAGAAUGGUACAUUAUCGACCAGACUAUGAAAAGACGCAAUUUCACCAAAGACAUUUUAUCGCUUCAUGUUUGUGCACUAAUUGAGAACAUCUUGUCUGCGGUUUGUACUUUAUUGCUCAGUGAACCUCGUGGAAGCUUAAAUGUGUUUGCUUGCAAAGUGAAGCGGUUAUCUGAUUGGUAUACAAUGCUACACAAUCCUACUCCGGGGUAUUUGAAAACUUUACGGUGUACCCAAGAAGCCGUCUAUCCAUUGUAUUCAAUGGUUUUCAUACACUAUGCUCUUGGUCUGCUUUUUAUGCUUCUUUUCCGACCGUUCAUAGUCGGUAAAUUUUCUGCUGGAAGAGGCAAAAAAUCGAUAUAUCUAACAAUGUAUCUCGUUCCUUUGCUUGUUGUUCUUCAAGCAACAUGUGGCGGUUUAAUUUAUUACUCAUUUCCCUUUAUUGUGAUUAUUCUAACCUUUAUAUCUGUAGCAGCGCACCUGGCAUUUAGACUGGAUCAAUCGAUGAAAUCUUUGUUUAUAACCUCUGUCAAAGAUAUUAGAAACUUAGUCAUUUUGUUAGGGCACUGGUUACUUCAUGCUUAUGGUAUAAUUGCAAUUACACAGUUGACAGACCCAGUUUUACAUGGCUCUUUGCUUGCUCUUGUCCCUUUCCCUACCAUUUUCUAUAUUUUGACGUCUAAAUUUACGGACCCUUGUAAGCUUCAUUCUGAAUAGGUGAUUUAAGUUUUAGGGUCCAUUAAACUAAAUAUGUUCAAUCAUAGGGCCUGGGUAUUAUACAGUUGACCCUGGUUCAUCUGUAUCAAAAGGCUCCAUUAAUUCGUAAAUGUGUUCAAUGAUAGGGUCUGGGCAUUAAGCAGUAAAACCUAAUUCAUCUGGAUCAAUACUAUCCGACUAUCACGAGAAAAGCCACUGCCAAAAUGUCUGCGCCUGUCUACUGCUAUAGUAAUGAGGCGCAUCUCAUUUUUCCAAGGAAAGCUUAAUGUUGGAAAAACCCGUACGACUGCACAAAGGCGAGCAGAGGAGUGGUGAAAUGGUGCCAGAAAACUUUCCUGCUAACCCUUGCAGAAAAUGAACGAAGUCUUUCUAUGGCAGUAGACGGGCUCAGACGUGACGGCGGGACCUUUUCUCGUGAAAGACAGACAGUAGGAUCCAUUAAAUUGUAAACAUGUUCAAUGAUAUGGUCUGGACAUUAGGCAAUAAAACCUCAUUCAUCUGGAUCAAUAGGGUUUGUUAAAUUGAAAAUACAGUGAAACCUGUAUAGGUUGACCACUUACGGUACACUAGUUUGGUGGUCAACUUAAACAGGUGGUUUAUUUAUAGAGGUUGAAUUAUAUGACAUAGAACUAAUUCUGUGCCUGAGAAUAGCGGUCAACUUAGACAGGUGGUCAACUUACAAAGGUGGUCAACUUUACAGGUUUUACUGUAUGUUCAAUAAUAGGAUCUGGACAUUAUGCAGUAAAACCUCAUUCAUCAGGAUCAAAUUUGUAAACUAAAAAUUGUGCAAUUUAGCAUGAACGUAAUUUUUUAUGUGGUAAAUAUUCACUCAUUAAAUGUGCAGCUCUUGCAUAUAUUGUAUAAUAAAUCAUUGUAACAAAUAUACAGUCUAUGUGAAUGUGACUUCUACUCUGCACAAAGAUUUGAGCACUUGGGAUACCACUAUGUAGUCCUGGAAACUGCCUAAAAUUUUGGUUAGGCAACUGCUGAGAUUUAUUUCUGUUACUGAGCUCCUUUAGUAGCCUAAGCGGGGCUAGUACAAUAGACCUGUGGUCUUGGUGCUCGUGUUGAUUUCAAGCGCCCCCCUUUUCACUUCAUACUUCAACAAAUAUACAGUGGUGUACGGUACAGUAAACUAAUUUUUUGGUGAAGCAAUGUAAAAAAACAUUAUUUUUACUUAGUUAUGUAUUGUAAAAAGUUCUUGUUGUAAUAAUAUUAUUAUGAUCUAACUAAGGAGCAAGGCAAGCAUUUUGUCUUCUUACCAUCCAGAUUUUCGAUUCUUCCGAUAACCUUUGCGACCAGUUAUUCCAGACAAAUGAAGUUGUACUGUAAUUGAUUAUUUUGUGUCUGUAAACAAAGAAGUUUGACAAUUCACAUUUUAUGUUAAGUCACAAGAAGAAGUAUGACUUUGAAAAAAGAACCACUGGAAGCCAAACUUGAUAAAAGAUCUUUUCCAACUCGAUUCUGAAAACAAACUUUUGAUGAUUCCAUGCAUGCAUUUUGCUUGAAAUAGCCUGCUUACAAAAAAAAAUUCGUGUUCAAAGAGUCAUUUUAAUAGAAAAAGUGAAAGUUUAUUUAAGAAAAGAUAAUGCAAAAAUAAUAAUAAUGAAGUAAAUAAUAUAAAAUCACAGCUACUUUCAUUCAUGUCCAAUAAAAAUAAUAUUAUGUCUUUAGGUUUUCUAAACUAUUUUUUCCCAUUAAGUUUCAGCUUUUUUUUUUGCUUGACAUUGCUGGCCUGAAGGUAUGACAGUUGAUGAAAAAGACAUUUUGUA